UAUCCCAGUUAUGCUGGCCAUAUGAUGACGGCCUGUUGAUAAUCUAGUCUGUUCUAGACAAAACAGUGACUGAUAUCACAAUAUUAAACCACAAUACUGAAGAAUAAUCAGUCUCGAUUAUAUGACGAGAGACUUCAUCAGGUGGAAAGGGCAAAACAGGGGUGACCACCAAACGAUGACUCAAGGUGUCCGCGAAAAGGGCAAUCCUGUCCCACCCCAACGACAGCAUGCGCCAUCAGCACAACCUGCACACAGAAGUAUCCACAAUCGAGCCUUAGGCAAACCCACUAAAUCUUCAAACUUCACCAAUAACAAAGGCAAAGCAGUAGAUGGCAACAGAGAAGCAGCCUUUUCAGGGAACUCGUGCUGGGAGAGUCAAACCGGGGACAUGCAGCCCUACUGGAUGGUUGACCUACAAAGCUUCUUCUUACUGGACUACAUUACCAUAACCAACAGAGGGGAUUGUUGUGGUGACCGAAUGCAUGACCUAAAGAUUGAGGUCUUCGCGGAUGACCCCGUACUGGAACCAUCGACCCCAUCACACCUUUGUGCGAUGUAUGAUGGGCCAAUGCCUGGUGGUGCAACAGAAAAUAUCUCAUGUUCUUGUGCUGCCCAAGGGCGUUAUAUCAGAAUCCGGGGUCUGGACAGACGGGACGAAACGGAUCUACUAACACUGUGUGAAGUUGAAGUGUUUGAGAGAACACCUACAGGGUGUUUCAGCACCGACCUUCAUCGCAUGGUGGGAACAAGGUAUGUCGGGGAUGUAAUCCAAGUUGAUGUCGCAUCUGCAGCUGAUUGCAGCACCCACUGCAUCUACAACAGAACCUGCAUCGGCUUCAACUACAACUACAACACUCAUGGCUGUGAGCUGAGAGUGGGAUCCGCCGAAGCAUCAAGUGUUAUUGGAUGGUUUUACUUCUUCAAACGCCCAUGUCUGUUAGAAUAGGACUGGUUAGAUACUAAGCUGCCAUACUUCUUGCAAGCUUUUGUUUAACGGAUCACCAGAUUCAUUCAGGCGCCUGUACAACCACAUGUACAACCAGACGGAUACAGUAAGAGAUUUCCCAGCAAAAACUUCGUGAAUUACCUUAAAGUUAAGAGGAAAUAAACUGCAAUUCGUCCCA